AGGUUCUUGUAAUUCAGCGAGAACAUUUGAGCAAUUUUGAGAACAAGUGAACCAAAGGAUGAAGAACCUAUUCUGUGGCUGGGACGAUGGACGCUUGUUCACCUCCCUCGCUGCCCAACUCUGUCCACAGCCUCAUCUUCUCCUUGUACGAGAAUAAUUUUCGUUUCCUUUUUGGUUGGUGGUUGCAUCUGGAUGCGUAGAGGAGGAUGCUGAGGCCGAUGCUGGCGUGCUGCAAGCUCUACGUCUCCGAGGGCCGGAGCGCGGCGGCCCUGCGCGCCGUCGAGCAGGCGGCGCGCCGGCACCACCCGGCCGUCGCCCUCGUCAACACCUUCGUCGACGACGCCUACAACCGGGUCGGCUACACGCUCGUCUCCCGCCUCCCGGACCCCGUCGCGCCGGCCGCGCCGCUGCGGCGCGCCGUGUUCGGCAUGGUCGAGGCCGCGCUCGGGGCCAUCGACCUCGGCGCCCACGCCGGCGCGCACCCGCGGCUCGGCGCCGUCGACCACGUCUGCUUCCACCCCCUCGCCGGGUCCCCCCUCCGUGACGUCGCCGCGCUCGCCGCCGCCGUGGCCGCCGACAUCGGCGACGGGCUCCGAGUGCCGACGUACCUCUACGGCGCGGCGCACCGGGAGGGCCGGACGCUGGCGGCCAUCAGGAGGCAGCUCGGCUACUUCAAGCCCCAGAGCAGCGCCGAGUGGCACGGGCCGCUCACCGUGACGGCCGACGCGACGGCGCUCCCCGUCGCGCCCGACGCCGGCCCGGACGCGGCGUCGGCGUCCAAGGGCGUGCUGGUCCUCGGGGCGACGGCGUGGGUGGACAACUACAACGUGCCGGUGCGCACCGCCGACGUGGAGGCCGUGCGGCGGGUCGCGCGCCGGGUCAGCGAGCGCGGCGGCGGGCUCCGGUCCGUGCAGGCCAUGGGGCUCGCGCACGGCGACGGCGGCGCCGAGGUCGCGUGUAACCUGCUCGACCCGGGGAGCGUGGGCGCCGAGGAGGUGCAGGGCAUGGUGGAGCGGCUCGCGGGUGAGGAAGGCCUCGCCGUCGGCGAGGGGUACUUCACGGAUUUCUCCCAGGAGAAGAUCGUCGAGCUGUACAUGGAGAAGUCGGCUCAGGCCGAGGCUUGAUUUUAUCUCCCCUUUCUUUUCUUUUUUUAGCACAGUGGCAUUAUGGAUUUCUUGUUUGUUGAAAUGUAAUUCUAACCGAUCAAGAAUAAUUAAUUAUAACAUUACUAAACAGUAAAACAGAGCUAGUUAGGAGCA